UUUUUCUAUUUUUUGGCAAUUUAAUUAAUGUAUUUUCAGUUACAAUUUUGUGCCUUUUAAAGUAAAAAAAAUAAAAAAGCUCCCUUCAAGUUCUCAUUGUUCUCAAGGGCAAGGCCUUUGACAAUAUUGGGUCACUGUGCCUGGUGAUUUGCAUAUGGUCACAGAUUCAAAUUUGCUCAAGUUGAAGACUUUCUUUUACUUGUUGGUAAAUGGAAAUCUAACAAGGAAAUCAGAAUGAUAACCAUAAAUUUGAGGAGCCGGAUCCCCUUCAGCCAAUGGCAUGGCUGCCCAAACUAUGUUCAUAAUCCUCUCUGCUCUCCUUUUUUUUUUUUUUUUUUUUUUUUUAAAUUUUGGUAUCCUUUUUAUUCCACCUUUCUAACUAAUUUUCCAGGCUUCCAUUACAAGCAAUCCAGAUGGCCGUCCCCUAUCAUAUGGGAUUUUCUAAAACCUCACUUAGCCCCACAUUCUUAUCCUGAACAACUCUUCUAGCAGCAGCUCCACGUCUCCUACUGUACACCUAAAGGGCAGGGGUCCUAACAUUGCUUAAGCGUUUGGAUUGUCCAUAUCAAAACACAACAUGGCAGUGGUACUCUGUUAUUUGUCUGCUGGGGUAAAGCACCUACCAAUCACUGAUUAGCAUGACCAAUGACAUUGAUGAGCUAGUUUGAAAUUGUAUACAGUACAUUAGGGAACCACUAUAGGUAUUAAACUAUCAAAGCUACUGACUCAUUGUUCAGAUUUGUGAAAGAGCAUUGGGCCAGAUAAUCAGACUGUUGAAGUUUUGCUAAUAUUUUAAUAUCAGGGUGACUGACAAGCAUUUUACAGACACUGAGGGGGGUUAUGGAUUGUAAUAAAGAUGAGGCAGUCAGGGCUAAGGAAAUUGCUGAGAGGAAGGUUACUGAAAGGGAUUAUGCUGGUGCCAUGAAAUUUGCUUCGAAGGCUCAGUCUUUAUAUCCUGGGCUUGAGGGAAUCUCUCAACUGUUGACAAUAAUCGAUGUGUAUGUCUCUGCAGAGAAAAGAAUUAAUGGGGAAGCAGAUUGGUAUGCCAUACUUGGUACCAAUCCUCGGGUUGAUGAUGAAACAGUGAGGAAACAAUACCGGAAGCUGGCUCUGGCACUUCAUCCUGACAAAAACAAGGCUACUGGUGCAGAUGGUGCAUUUAAGUUGGUUUCGGAGGCCUGGAGCUUCUUGUCUGAUAAGUCUAAGAGAGUAGCUUAUAAUGAGAAGUUGUAUUCAAGAGUCAGGUCAAAACCUCAGUCCAAGAUCAAUGUUCCAUUUUCAUCAACUAGUGCAAAUGGCUUUCAUACUUCUACAAGUAAUACAUCUUCAAAUGCCAGGACUCAGAACAAUGCUACCCGAGUGGGCCCAACAUCGGCUCCUACUUCUAAUCAAAAGCCUGGUACAUUUUGGACUAUUUGCAACAAAUGCAAAACUCAGUAUGAGUAUCUGAGGAUUUAUCUGAAUCACAACCUCCUUUGCCCCAACUGUCGUGAGCCUUUUCUGGCUAUAGAGAGGCCUCCUCCUCCAAAUGCUUUCAAGUCCUCUAAUUUGUCUUCUGGCCAGCAGCAUCAGAAUUCUAGACAUCAUAAUGCAAGCAGUAAUAAUACUGGGGCUUUCACUGGCCCUAGUUCAUCUAACAACACAAACCGCCAGCGGGGUUCUUUCUCUAGAGUGGCUGAUGGUAAUAGCAAGGUUGCCUCAACUUCUACUGCCACUCAGCAGGUGCAUGAGCAAUUGAAGAGAGAGAGUAAUGAAGCAUGGGCGGCGAUCUCAAAAAAGAGAAGGAUGAAUGAUUAUUGCAUGAAUGGGUAUGUUGGUAACAUGGCAAAUCAGAUGGCCAUGGGGAAAGUAGUUGGUUUGGGAAAUGUAUAUGAAUCUAGAAGGGGCAGUUCUGAAGUUGAACGAACCUAUGGUUUUUCUGGUACUAAUAACAAGUACAACAGGGAGAGAGAACUAUCAUUAUUAGAGACUCGUAACAUGUUGGUGAACAAGGCACAGGGUGAUAUUCGUAAGAAACUUCAGGAGUGGAGCUCAGUAAAUGCCAAGAGUGCUAACAAAGAAGAGAAGGGGAAAGAACAGGAAAAUAGGAAGCAGAAAAGUGUGGCUAAUGGUGAAAUGGAUGAUACCAUUAAUGGCUCCAACAAAAAAUACCAAAACAAGGAGUCUCUUCCCAGCUCUUCUGGUGAUGAUUCAGAUAAAGAUACCCCUGCGUUGUCGAUAAAUGUUCCAGAUUCUGAUUUUCACAAUUUUGACUUGGAUAGAAAUGAAAAUUCCUUUGGAGAUGACCAGGUCUGGGCUGCAUAUGAUGAUGAUGAUGGGAUGCCUCGCUUUUAUGCUCGAAUACACAAGGUGAUAUCUUUGAAGCCAUUUAGGAUGCGGAUCAGUUGGCUUAAUUCAAGAAGCAACAGUGAAUUGGGCCCUAUGAGUUGGAUAGAUUCUGGUUUUGCCAAAACUUGUGGAGAUUUCCGAUCUGGUAAGCAUGAAAUUAGUGAAACGUUAAAUUCUUUCUCCCACAACAUUAAGUGGACAAAAGGUACUCGUGGGAUCAUUCGCAUAUUUCCUAGUAAAGGUGAUGUCUGGGCUCUUUAUAGUAACUGGUCUCCUGACUGGAACGAGGAAACGCCUGAUGAAGUGAUACACAAAUACGACAUGGUGGAGGUGCUUGAUGACUAUAAUGAGGAACAAGGUGUGUCAGUUAGACCACUAGUUAAACUUGCCACUUUCAAGUCAGUGUAUCAAAAGAACAUGGAUCCCAAGUCUGUCUGGAGAAUCCCAAAAGAAGAGAUGUUUCGCUUCUCUCACCAAGUUCCAGGUCACUUGCUUACCGGCCAGGAAGCUCAAAAUGCUCCCACGGGAAGUUGGGAGUUAGACCCAGCAGCUAUUCCUGUGGAACUCCUUCAGGUAAGUACAGACGGUAACGAUUCACCAUUGGUAGAGAAUGAUGGGGAAGUCGAGGAAGAGACCUUGCAGAGGGACCCAAAAGCUGAGGUAGAUGACAAGAGAUAGCGGGCUUGCAGCUGCCCUGACCUGAUAGCAGAGGCACAGCUGACAUGGUAGGUGAUGCGGAAACAGCUAAAAAAUUAUAGUGGAUACUGCUGAAGAUACUUGAAAUUAGGUGAGUUUUUUUUACCCUUUUUUGUUUAAGCCUCAGCCAAACUGUAGAAAUUGGUUCUUGUGCCAUAACUGUAUCCAGAGAUACAGAUUUUUUUGUUCUUGUUGUUUCUCCAUAUCUGGGGACAGUUAAAAAGGUUGUUAUAGGAACUCAUGCAUGACAAUACCCAAAGUUAAACAUUAUUUUCUUCUUGAAA